AUACUCCCCACAGAUUCUUAUCGAAAAAAAAAAUACUGCUCCGUAGAAGAAAGAGAAAGCAACCAUGGAGUCGCUGACUCUUCGGGCGUCGCCGUCGACCACCACCGCCGCCUCGCCGCUGCUCCGCCUGCCCGGCCGGCGGCAGGCGGCGUCCGUGCGCGUCUCCGCCUCGUCCGGCGGCUCAUCCGAGCCGGACCUGUCCGUGCGCGUGAACGGGCUGAAGAUGCCGAACCCGUUCGUGAUCGGCUCGGGGCCGCCCGGCACCAACUACACCGUCAUGAAGCGCGCCUUCGACGAGGGCUGGGGCGGCGUCAUCGCCAAGACCGUGUCCUUGGAUGCUGGAAAAGUUAUCAACGUAACUCCGCGCUAUGCCCGGCUCAGGGCAGAACCUAAUGGAGCUGCCAAGAGCCGUAUCAUUGGAUGGCAGAACAUCGAACUUAUCAGCGAUCGGCCUCUCGAGACAAUGCUUAAGGAGUUCAAGCAACUGAAGAAAGAAUAUCCUGAUAGGAUACUCAUUGGCUCAAUAAUGGAGGAGUACAACAAAGCUGCAUGGCAUGAGCUUAUCGAGCGCGUUGAGGAAUCUGGAGUGGAUGCUCUUGAGAUAAAUUUCUCAUGCCCACAUGGCAUGCCAGAGCGAAAAAUGGGGGCGGCUGUUGGACAGGAUUGUGGCUUGUUAGAGGAGGUUUCUGGUUGGAUAAAUGAGAAGGCUACUGUGCCGGUUUGGGCUAAGAUGACUCCUAACAUUACAGAUAUUACAGAGCCUGCAAGGGUUGCUCUUAAGUCAGGAUGUGAAGGAGUCGCUGCUAUCAACACAAUUAUGAGCGUAAUGGGAAUCAAUCUCAAAACUUUGCGCCCAGAACCUUGUGUGGAGGGGUAUUCCACACCUGGAGGCUAUUCUGCGAGAGCUGUGCACCCUAUAGCACUUGCAAAAGUCAUGCAGAUAGCAAGGCUGAUGAAAGAGGAAUUUCCUGAUGGACAGUCCCUCUCCGCCAUUGGUGGUGUUGAAACUGGCAAUGAUGCUGCUGAGUUUAUUCUACUAGGCGCAGAUACCGUACAGGUUUGUACAGGUGUAAUGAUGCAUGGUUAUGGCCUUGUUAAGAAGCUCUGUACAGAGUUGCAGGAUUUUAUGAGAGAACACGACUUCUCAUCCAUCGAUGAUUUCCGGGGGGCGUCUCUCCCGUACUUCACGACGCACACAGACCUGGUGCAGCGGCAGCAGGAGGCGAUCAAGCAGCGGAAGGCCAUCAGGCUGGGCCUGCAGUCGGACAAGGACUGGACCGGCGACGGCUUCGUCAAGGAGACCGAAAGCAUGGUCUCCAACUGACCGAUGCAGCUCUCAAGUCUGAAACCCCAACAACAUACUUCCACUUGUGAUUAAACACGGACCGGGAACACGAAAGGCUGUGCAGACUACUCUUCGAUCCAUCUUACAUUCAAUAAAGCAUCAUACAGGAAUUCUUCCUUUUUCGCAUAUGUGUUACAUCAUUCUCAUCCUUGGCGUGAUGAGCAUGGUGUUGUCGGGCUUGCCUGCUCCCUCCUUGUACUCCAACCAGUGCAUCGAGGCUCUAAUGAAGACCCAGUCAUGGGUUCAUAUUCAUAUGCCUCUCGUUCUGGGCGUUCCAACGACUGAGACACAUAUAAUGCAUAUAAGAGGACGUACACUUUUUGUUUUGUCA